GUGGAGGGGUUACCAAAAAGGAAGAAAAAGAGGAUAAUCUCUAAACUCUCACUGUGUGUUAUUUUAGCUUUCAACGUAAGCAUAAAGGAGGAGUGACAUACGGGAUCACUGAGCCAGUUGAAACGCGCGGCGAGAGAAGGCGCAAAAAAUGGAGAGCUCCGGCGAACUGGUGCCUUUCCCAUUGCUGACAACACCGAUUGAAUCGAAUUAUCGAGCAUGCACGAUCCCUUACAGGUUCCCUUCCGACAAUCCCAAGAAACCAACCCCCACCGAGCUUUCCUGGAUCGACCUCUUUAUGAAUUCCAUCCCUUCGUUUAGGAAGAGGGCUGAGAGCGAUGACAGUGUUCCAGAUGCUCCUAUUCGAGCUGAAAAGUUUGCUCAGAGAUAUUCUGCAAUACUUGAGGAUAUGAAGAAAGAUCCUGAAAGUCAUGGAGGGCCUCCUGAUUGCAUUCUUCUUUGUCGCCUUAGAGAGCAAGUGCUUAGGGAAGUGGGGUUCAGAGAUAUAUUUAAAAAGGUCAAGGAUGAAGAAAAUGCAAAGGCUAUAUCCUUAUUUAAGGAUGUAGUAUCUCUUAAUGAUGCUAUUGAGGAUGAAGCCAAGCGUGUAGAAAAUUUGGUCAGAGGAAUUUUUGCAGGAAAUAUAUUUGAUCUUGGCUCUGCAAAGCUUGCAGAGCUGUUUUCAGAGGAUGGUAUAUCCUUUCUAGCUAGUUUCCAAAACCUUGUCCCUCGACCCUGGGUUAUAGAUGAUUUGGACGUAUUUAUUACAAAAUGGAGCAAAAAAACAUGGAAAAAGGCUGUAAUCUUUGUUGAUAAUUCUGGUGCAGAUGUUAUUUUGGGUAUUUUGCCGUUUGCUAGAGAAUUACUUCGUCAUGGAGCACAGGUUGUUUUAGCUGCUAAUGACUUACCUUCUAUCAAUGAUGUUACUUACCCCGAGUUAGUAGAGAUUAUUUCUAAGUUGAAAGAUGAGCAUGGGAAGCUCAUAGGUGUUGACACAUCCAAUCUUUUAGUUGCCAAUUCUGGUAAUGAUUUGCCGGUUAUUGAUCUUACAACGGUAUCUCAGGAGCUGGCAUACUUGGCAAGUGAUGCUGACCUCGUCAUUGUAGAAGGCAUGGGCCGCGGAAUAGAGACAAACUUGUAUGCUCGAUUCAAAUGUGAUUCCCUCAAGAUUGGAAUGGUAAAGCAUCCGGAAGUUGCUCAGUUUCUUGGAGGAAGGCUUUAUGAUUGCGUCUUCAAAUUUAACGAAGCUUCAAGUUAAAUAGUUUAGGUAUCAACUAUAUCAAGUUCUUUCUGGAAGUUUAGACAAACCCAACAAAUUGAAGAUAUUGGUAAAUCAUUAUAUUGGAUAUUAUUUGCAACUUUUUUUGAAAGUUGGAUUGCAAAUGAAGCAUCUGUGUUAAUGCUUCCUUGUGCUUAGGUGCAUCUGCAGUAGUGUAACCUUGCAGGUAUAUCACAUUGCAGCUUGAUCUUACCUCUUUCCAGCAGUAAAUGCCUCUUUUUUCUCCUGUAUUUUUCGGAAUCAUUUGUAAUAAAGAUAUUGGCUAGCUACGAUUGAAAGAGGUUUUAUCAAUAGAAUUCUCAUCUAUUCGUGAUCUA